AUGGCUUUGCCUCCUGGACUAACAAUUACUGAUUGUGAUUCUACAGGUACCAAUCUCGUUUGUAAACUACACAAGUCUAUCUACGGGCUUCGCCAAUCUUUAAGACAAUGGUACAAGAAACUCACAGCAGCCUUGUUACAAGAAGGAUUCAUACAAUCAAAAGCUGAUUAUACUCUCUUCACACGAGGAAAGGAUGACAAUUUCAUUGCUCUACUUGUCUAUGUGGAUGACAUUGUCAUCACAGGACCAAACAUUGGCGUGUUACAUCAGCUUCAAGCUACUCUACAUCAGCAAUUUAAGCUUAAAGCCCUCGGACAGCUCAAGUAUUUUCUCGGCUUCGAAAUUGCCCGUGCUUCACAUGGUCUUUUCCUCUCACAAAGACAAUAUACACUGCAACUUCUUGAAGACAAUGGUUAUAUAGGAUGUAAACCAGCAAAAACUCCCAUGGAUCCUAGGACCAAGCUCGAUGAUCAGCAAGGAGAGCCCUUGACAAAUCCAUUUGCAUAUCGACAACUCAUUGGGAAAUUGCUUUACCUCACCUUGUCAAGACCAGACAUUACCUAUGCUGUGAACACCUUAAGUCAAUUCAUGUCAGCCCCAAGAACUCCACAUAUGCAGGCCAUUUCUCACCUGCUCAGAUACUUAAAAGGCAGCCCUGGACAGGGACUGCUAUACCCCAGAAAUUCUUCUCUUCAUCUAAGGGGAUUUUCAGAUUCGGAUUGGGCCUCUUGCCCCAUUACUAGGAGAUCUACCACUGGUUUUUGCAUCUUCUUACGAGAUUGUUUAAUCUCUUGGAAAACAAAGAAACAACCUACUAUUUCUAAAAGUUCUGCUGAAGCAGAAUAUAGGGCACUUGCUGCCACCACCAGUGAACUUACUUGGUUGCAGUAUCUCCUGCAAGACUUUCAUAUUCACCAAGAUGCUCCAGCUUUCAUUUACUGUGACAACCUCUCAGCUACUCACAUUGCAAACAAUCCCACCUUCUAUGAACGCACCAAACAUAUCGAAUUAGAUUGCCAUUUCAUUCGUGAUAAAAUCAACAACUCGACAAUCCGCUUGAUACCUGUCUCAAGCAACCUACAGCUAGCUGAUGCCUUCACAAAGCCUCUGCCUUCAACAACCCUCACUACUCACACCAACAAGAUGUCUGUAUGCGACUUAUACAGUCCACCUUGGGGGGGGGGGAUAUUAAGGACUUCAGUUUAUUUCACUUCAGUCCAUGUAGCUCAGUUUGUUGUUCAGUUAAUAUUGGUUGUUUACAGUUAG